AUGAGUAGAUGUACAAGAUUUCGAGAUAGAUUGAGCAUCUGUAAGCUCAAUGAUCUUGAGUCUAGAGGUCCGAAAUUCACAUGGAGGGGUCCUAUUUUCCAUGGUGGACAACGGAUAUACGAGAAGCUUGAUAGAGCGGUUAGCAAUGAUAAAUGGAGAUUAUUGUUUCCUGAAGCAUUUGUCAAAGAUUUAUUGAGAGUAGAAUUUUCUGAUCAUCAUCCUAUUCUUAUCACUCUCAAGGAGGAUAAGCAUGGGAAUUAUGUUAGACCUUUCCGUUUUGAGAAUGCUUGGCUCUUGAAUGAUACCUAUGGGAGUAUGUUGCAGGACACUUGGAGUGAGGAGAUUUCUAUAAUUUCAAACCUGGAGAGUGUGAAGGAAGGCAUAUCUAAAUGGAAGUUUGAUACCUUUGAUAAAAUUAGAAGACAAAAAAAAGAGAUAAUGAGAAGAUUAGAAGGGAUUCAGAAAAAGCUUUAG